AGACGACGGGUUGGUCCGAGGUCGAGCGCUGGCCUGGCCGGUGAGGCGCCGGGCGCGGGCAGAGGCGGCUGCGCCAGCCCUGCCGGCCGGCGAAGCGCGGCAGCGUGCAUCAUGGGUGCCGGGCGGACGCGCUGGGCACUGUGGAGAGCGCGCACUGAUUGCGCCUUUUUGUCCACGCUCCCGUCUCGUGUCAAAUCAGGGUCGCUCGCGCGAUCGAUCGUCCACGGUUCCCCCGUGCCGUCCCCUCAUCCCGGUUCGUUGGCCGUCCCGCUCCCGCCCGUCCAUCCAUCAUUGCCCAUGGAUCAUUACGCCGCACGCACCACCCAAGCUAGCCAUACUCGUACCGUAUCAUCCUACACGCCACGCCAUUGUCUGCCUGCCUACACGCGCGCACCCCUCCAGGCUCCAGCUCCAGGGACGACGCCGGUCGCCACUCUACUUCGACCUCUCUCCUACCGCCGCCUCCCUUUCUUCCACCCAUCCCGUCAAACGCAGCCUCACCACCGUUAUCUCCUCUUCGCCUCCUCCUCCCCUGUCCCGUCCAUCACUCGUUCCUUCCUAGCUAGCAGCUAGACACCUUUUCCCAGGUGAACCAGGAGGCAUGGGCGGCGGCGUCGUCAGGUGCUGCGUCAAGAUCCUCGCGCUGCUCUCGCUCGUCCCGCUGGCGCUCAGGGCCGGCUCCUUCCUCGGCCACGUCGUCGCGCCGCCGCCCUCGUCGGCACGGCCAGCAGCCGCCGCCAGGAGAGCGAGCGUCGUCGCCGGCUCGGCGCACGUCAAGACGUCGGAGGGCGCUGCUCUGGCCGCCGCGAGGAACCGGAAUGGCGCCGGCGUAGGCGGGUUCGGCGACGACAAGAGGAUGGCGCCGUCCGGGUCCAACCCGCUGCACAACCUACGAUGAGCCGUCGCCGUUCCUGCUCGCCGUCGCCGAUGCAUGUAUGAAUUCGACGAUGUUCUCUGCUCUCCUCUGCUAUUGCCUCAGUGGCAGCUUCUUCGUAUGAUUGAUUACAGGCGAUAAUGUAUACUACAAUAAUAUACUAGUACUAUAUACGUAUCGAUUCUUCA